AAGAUGCAAGCGAACGGAGUUGUGAAAGAGGCUCUGGGCGUGCUCCAGACGUUCAGGCUGAGCAUCAGGCGAGCCAACAGAAUACCAGUUCUUAUUCUCAAAGUGUUCAUUCACAUCAUUAACAAAACAAUUUUAAUGCCAGCCUCACCCAGUCUUAGCUCGGGCUCUCCAGCUGCGUCACCCUUGAAGACCAGUGGGGGCUUCUUUCAAAAAACGGACGAAGAUCUGACAGACAUGACACAACACAAACGCAAACCUCUAGCUCGCUCAAAGACAGAUCCCAACAUGUCCAAGGUGACCGACUCCCUUCUGAAGAAAGGAUCCUCAAUUCGCAGAAGUCUGAGGUUUUCCUCCAAGAAGGAGAACGACAAAGCGGCCAAACAGGAGCAUCCAGCCGCUGAGGCCCUGCCAGAAAUGAGAGAGGAGAAAGAAAUGAAGAUGGAGGAGCUGGAGGAGCUGGAGGAGAUGUACACACUGCCUGAAAUUCCCCACACACCACUGUCAGUUAUGCAGAUCAACAAGCUGAUAGAGAUGGAGGUUCUGGAGGAAGCUCAUCUGAACCUGCUUGCCAUGCGACUGGAGUUUCAGAAGGAGCAAGAGCAAACUGGUGACGACUUCCCCAUGGAGAUGGCGAAGAAGGAGAAAGACCUGACCCUCCUCUAUACGGACCUCAGAAAAAAGAUUUGCACCAUAGUCUGUGAUUCCAACUCCUUUCCUGCCAGGAACAAGGCACUACUGGUCCACGUGACUCGCAUCAUCCAGGAGGAGGAGAAGAGGGCCGAGGAGCCAGGCGGCCUACCAGACAGCUGGAGGGAGGCCUGGAAGGAGGCGGUGUCCCAGGGCGUGCAGGUCAAGGUCGACGGCGUUCACCUGGAGAGGAAGGAACAGAAUCUAUCCUGGUUGGCGGUCCAUCUCGGGCUCCUGGGAAAAACUAUUGUAGAGGAUUUGGAGAAUGUGAAGCGGGAGCUGCGAUGGUCCUACCCACCCAGCUUCAAAGUCUUCAGCACCUAUUUGAAGAGCUACCACAGAAUCGUCGGGCAGCACUUGAGGAAGCUGGAGCCACAGGUGACCGAGCUAAAGGAUCUGUACGCUCUGCUGGACUGGAUCCUCAACAAAUACAAGAGUGAGAAGAUCUUGGGAAGUUUCUCCUUGCAGCCGGACAUGGCGGAAGAAAGCGCUGAAAUGCAACUACAGGAAGGAUUCCUGAAGCAGCUUUUGGAGAAGUACUGCUGCAAAGUAAAGGAGGACAUGAGCGCUGUGCUGGACAGAGUGAUUGAGCUCGAACACGAGACUGUGUGGAAAGACAAGACGGAGCCCCAAAGAGAAGACAACCUGCUUCUCUCUCCGUUUCCCAUGGACAUUUGGACUGCGGUUCAAGGAAGAGUGGACCACUCGAGAAAACUGGACCCGGAUCUGGAGAAGAAAGUCAUCGCUUCCUGCCUGGAGGAGUUGAAAAGAUUUCCCAGGAAAUUUGAAACCCAGUUCAAGAGCCACUGCAGCUCCCUCCAGCCGCAGCCGCUGUGGACCGACUAUCACAUAACCUACAUCAACAGCUUUCAGGCUUUACAGGAACACAUGGCAGGGUACCAGGACAGCUGUCCACACCAGCUGGAAGGCUUCAAACGGGAGGUCAAAGGGCUCGUCGUCAGGCUGAUGGAGGUUUUGGAGGAGCAGUUUAAGGAGGACGUCAAGCCCUUCCUCAGGAGGAUGAUGACGAGGAAGUGGCUCACCAACGACGACGACUUCAAACAACUCGACGGCCGGAUACAGCGGCUCUCCCGUCACUGCGACUCCAUGAGGCCUCCGCAUGUAAAGGAGUUUGCGAGCCGACUGCAUUACCAUGUGGUGAAGGAAUACGUCGGGCAGCUGAUGAAGAAUAACUACUCAUGCAAGAACCGGAAGCACGAGAAAGCUGCAGCCAAGAUCAACGAACAGUGGAACAAGCUCAGCAAUCUGUUUGAUGACAUGAAGUCGAACCAUGAGUGGCUCCACCAUGUAGGACACGACCUGAGCACCAUCAUCGGACAAAGCAACAAGGCAGACAUCAAGAGUCAUCUGCAGCCUCUAGUGGAACAUUACCCAGACUUCAGCAGGAAACAUCUGGUCGCGGUUCUGUACUUCAGGGGCCUCCACAAGGGCCGCGAGCGUCACCUCAUCCUGCAGAAACUCGCCGCGCUCAGAAAGGAAGUGGGCAGCACCAGCACUGACAGAGGCCGAGUUUUAUUUGGGGACAUGCAGGUCACAGCCAGCACCGACUGCCUGCCCGUCCUGCCUGUCUCUUGUCUCCGUUUCCUGCGAACACACAGCUAAGAGGGAGCUGCAGAUGAAACGUCCUGUCCAAGCUCUGCAUGCGGACCGGUCGCAGGAAACGCCACGUUGCACUUUUUCUCACUGAUUCUGGAUCAGUUCGGUUCGGUCUGUAAGUGACGGUGCACACGCAACAGAACUUAUAUGUUCCUCCCUCUGCAUUACAGAGUUCAGACAUUUAAUGAUGAGCAUUCAGCAAAGCGACACUGCCCCAGGAAUGAGCUAAAGCACACAAGACUGAUGUUGUUUUCAGCUAAAACUAUGAAAUAGAUGGGUCUGAACCGUAAUAUUUGAUUUUUAAACAUUAUAUGUUUCCUGCUCUGGAAAGCAACAACGAGGGUUUAGAGUCACAUAUUGGUUAAGUUCAUGUACAGUAGGAUCAAUUUACAAAGCAAAAAAACACAAAAAUAUGCAAUAAGUCAAUUCAGUUAAAAUAAAAAUAAAAAAGCUUAAACAUAAGAACAAACCAAAAAACAAGCAAAUUAUCAAAUAUAUAUUCAGUUGAAAAAAGUAACAGCUGACAUUUCAUGUCCUUCUAAAAGUGUCUGAGUAAAAUUUAAAGGGACAGUAUCAUGUAAAAUUGAUUUUUUUUAGCUUUGCAUCAUGCCAUGAGAUUAUUCUCUCAUCUAAAACAAACCUGGAGUGUUGCCUUCAUUCUUUCAUGCAUGUUUGAGACAUAAUUUAAUCUCCAUGGUAACCAUUCAGUUGUGCAAAACGACUCGAUGGACCCAGCUCCGCCUUCCCGACGAAGCUCCUCCUCAGAGCUGCAGCAUUUCUGUCUCACAGAGUGACUCCCUGACUCAGCUCCUUCAGACUAGCCAGCAGCAAUAAGCAAACACUGCUCAUCUGCUGAGCUCGUUAUAGGAGCCACUUCUCAGAGCAAAGCGGGUAAAAACAUUGUUAAAGGGUUAAUAGAGGAACCAUGUUGUGACGACUUUUGGAGUUUCAGAAAGAGCAGGAGUUUUUAAAGAGACAAAGACCCAAUUUCAGGUUUAAAUUAGAAAGUCAUAUUUGACAAAUAUAUGCAGCCUUUUUAUAAGAUCAUAGUUACUUGAUUGUGCUACAAAAUGUCACUAUGUACCGUAAAAAAAAACACUGAAUAUUGCCUCUUUGAUAUUAAUUAAAAGUGAUUUCAUAGAGAUAUCAGGAGAUUUCGUCCAGAUUGUUGGAUUGUUGUUCAGUAACUGAUGACCAGAUACCAUAUACAUACUAUUAUACAGUGACGUGCGGUCAGGGGAGGCAGGUGAGGCAGUGCCUCACCAGCCAUCAUGGAAAGAAAGAAAAUAUAUAAUCAUAAAGUAAUUUAAAUUGUUAUAUUCAUCCGGUUGUUUGUACUAAAAAAUAUUUAUUUUUCAUGUAGCUUCACCAAUUUCGAUUUUUAUUUGUUCAAAAUCGCUGAAUUUUCUUAUUUUCCCAUUCAAAUGCUUGGAAGCGAUGCCGGUGAGGCAGCAGCGAGCUCUGCCUCACCUUGGAUUGCGCAACCCCUGGCUCUGCGCUGGCUGCUAAGCGGAGAGAGCAUGUUGCUGUAGGGCGUCAAUAAAAUGGUUUAAACAAAUUUAAUAUGUGAACUUAUUUCCAAUAAUUUAGCUUAUGUAUAUAAUGUACAGUGCUUUUUGUCACCAACUGUGUUUGUGUAACGUGUUUCGUGUAAUGAGCGAUUAUAAACGGCAGAGAACAGGUUCGAGGUGAGGCAGGCAGUUCUCUUGCCCCUUGUUCACUCCUCAACUGCCGAGUAAGUGACAGCCAGCUAGGCUAAACGAUUCGGGAAGCAAGUCAAGUGCAGCGAUAGAUUACAAUAGAGAUAGUGAUUUUUUUCCUCUCGCUUAUCCCGACUUUCGACAUGGAUGACUACAUUACAACACUAAAAAAGUUUUCUCAAGUGGACUUUCAAUCAAGCAGGAGAUAAUAUGUGUGUUUUGUGAGCUACAGUUUGUAUGUGUAAGGAUGCAGAAGUGAAACAUAACCUGUAAACUGCUGUCAAUCUAUGCAUCUAUUUGCAAAUCUGAUUCUGAUGACGUCAGUGCCUCACCAGCUAUGAACCUCACCGCACGUCACUGCUAUUAUAUGAUGCUGUUGGGAAAAAUAUUAACCUUCUCCUGACUGAUACCUUCAUCCAAUAGGAUUGUUUUGAUCUUUUCCCCCUCUGUGAAAACUAUGGCCUUACCUAAACGAUGACAUCAGCACAUCCACAAAUUCUGCCAGAAUUGAUUAACUUUAAGUAAUGUCAGGUGUGAAUGUAAUAACUCCAUGCUGAAAUAAAGUCAGAAAGUAUUUCUAGAAAAUAUAAGCUCAACAGUUUGUGUUAAACGUACGGUAUGUCAACGCAAACGUUUUAUAUUUGUUUGUCUAUCAGUUGAUAAGCACAUAAUGCGUCUCACAUUAAAGUCGGAGAUCCUUUGAAACAGAUUUAUCGUGAUCUAAGAUUAUUAAAUUAUGUGCAGAAUUGUAACUGGGGUGUUUGUUCUUUUGGGAGCCACUGUAGAUGCCUUGAGUAUAAUAACAGUAGUUAUUACAGUUAUUAAAUUUGCAGAUAGUUUUCUAAAGUCAUGGAGUGCAGCAUGAGUGAAUAUUUUCUCUCAUCACAUUUUUUGUCGGUAAAAAUGAACCCAGUGAAGGAAUAUGUUCAGAAGCAAAGAUCAUCUUCUUUUAAAUGAAGCAUUUUUCAUAUAUUCUGUGUUUUUUAAUUCGUUUUUUUCCAAACUAGCUAACUCAGAUUGUUCAGGUUUGGUGUCGGCCCCUCUCCUACCCCCCCGGUGUGUCAGAAUGUGUUCAUUGGUGCGUCGAACAUGAUGCUGAAGUGCAGAGGCGUCACAGGAAGCAUCACUUUAGAAAGCUAAAUACACUAUGAGAUCAUGUGAAAAUGAAACGCUGAACAUUUUAACUGUUGGAGCUUUAAAACUUUGAUAGAGUAUUGUCCUGUUUGUGUGUUGUUUGAAUUCAAUAUGUUUGCUUUUUUUUAUGUUUCAGUUUCAAGCAUAAGAUCUUGGGAAAGUUUCAUUUCGGGUUAUUUAUCUGUUUCUAAUGAGUUACAUAACCUCUCUACUGUAUGAUGAUAAACAGAUGUAGAGGAUGUUUUCUCUUCGUCAUGACAACAAUAAGCACUUUACUCUAGAGCCAUAUUCACCAGAAUGUACUGACUCAUACAAUCAUGUUCAAUAAGUUAGAAUCUAGACGUUGAUGGGGUUGAUGGCACUGAGCCCACAUGACUGAGCUUCAGACAUAUGUUUUAUUAUUGGUCUGAUGUAAUACUGUAGCAUGAACUGCUGUGUUUUCAUGAGUUGUAAGUAGAAAAAUUACGAACAAAUAUAAAGUCUUGAAAACAGAAGUCUGCGUGAAAUUCAUCUACGUGUUUCAUUCCGUCAACUGAGACAAUUAUUUUGAAAAAAUAAAUGAAUAUAACUGAAUAUCCACAGAUCCACUCAGCAGUAUUAACAUCGGGAAGAAGCUGGAAUCAACGAUGCAUGUUUUCAUUGCAAGACCCUUCGAGCUACAGCCGCCUCAAAAAUAAGUUCCUACACAUUCAGAAAUAGAGAAGAUAAAUGUGAAAGUUGUGUGAUAUUCUUAGUCCUGUACAAAAAGACCAAGGAGGAUAGGAAUGAUUUUCUAAACUUUAUCUCAUUUCUGGUUUAAACAUGUUGAAAACCAGCAGGAGGAACU